AUGAUGAAUCCUGAUCAUAGUGAUUCCCCAGUCCUAACAGGCAAAUACCAUCUCUCCGAAGGCGUUACUUCGACUACCAUCAGCAGGACAUACACGACCAUGAAACAGCUCGAGGAAGCUGCCUAUAGCGUUCUGGAGACUCUCCAGGCCAACGAUUGCGACGGUAACCAAUGGAUUCUGGUUUUGGAACUCACCAAAGACGCGAUUGAGCGAUUAGACAAUGACAAGGAGUGUCUUGGUGGGGUCGACUUUCGUUUCGAGUGGGAGGGAGCUACUGGCCUAAUCAAAGUGAUCCCAUCGGCUACCCACGACUCCCUAAUCAAUGAUUUCACCUUGAAGGUCGGCUCUGACCUCCAAAAUAUGGGCAUCCACUGGACGGACCGACGCUGGAUAGGGACUACUACAUACAGACAAGCCAACAAGGGAAAGCAAGGCGACCAGGCAUUCACUCCCCCAUCGCGGCAAGUGGCCAAGGGGGAGACGCAAGGAUGGCCAACUCUAGUCCUCGAAGUAGGAGUCUCAGAGUCCAUGGCCAAGCUGCGUUCCAAUGCCAAAUUCUGGUUUAACAAUUCCGAUGGCCAAACCAGGUUCGUCAUUCUCGUCAGUGCUUCAAGGGCCCGGGUGACGUUCGAAAAAUGGAUGCUGAUGCCGCCUAAUGCCCCGAACCCGGCAUCCCCCGCGUACGUCGCCGCACUUCGCUCACGACCCCUCCACAGUCCUCCUCUAGUAAAUCAGCCAGCUGCUAGCCAGCAGCUUUACUCGGCCCAAGAGGUCGUCGUUACCCAAACCUGGAUGACCGGCGCCCCGAUGAUUUUGCCCUUCCGGGCCCUGUAUGACAGGGCACCAGGACCGAAUGAGAGCGAUAUUACCAUUACCGCCCAGGACUUUAGGGCAUUCGUCCAGACUAUUUUCUGA